AAACCCUUAAUUCCUUAUCAUCGCCGAACUCCACGCCAACUCUUUCUCACUCUCCAUUUAUUAUCCCUCUACACAACGAACCUUAGAACUCAGCCAUGUCGCCCGCUCCAGCUGUUGAAGCCGCCGACCUUCAGAUUCCUAUCACAGACGAGCCGGAGAAGAAACCUCAGCAUCUGAGCGAUGAACCCGUGGUUGAGGACGUAAAGGACGACGAUAAGGACGAGGAUGACGACGAAGAUGACGACGAUGAAGAUGACGACGAGAAAGUAGAUGGAGCACAAGGUGCAAAUGGGAGUUCGAAGCAGAGCAGAAGUGAGAAAAAAAGUCGGAAGGCAAUGUUGAAGCUUGGCAUGAAACCUGUCACUGGCGUUAGCAGGGUGACAAUUAAGAGAACAAAAAACAUCUUGUUUUUCAUUUCAAAACCCGAUGUCUUCAAGAGCCCACAUUCCGAGACUUAUAUCAUAUUUGGAGAGGCUAAGAUAGAGGACCUGAGUUCUCAGCUGCAGACGCAGGCUGCUCAGCAGUUCAGGAUGCCAGACAUGGGAUCUUCUCUCCCAAAAUCAGAUGCUUCUGGUGCUGCUGCUGGACAAGCCGAUGAGGAAGAGGAGGAAUUUGACGAAACUGGCGUGGAGCCUCGUGAUGUUGAUUUGGUUAUGACACAGGCAGGCGUUUCGAGAAGCAAGGCUGUAAGGGCUCUCAAGAAUCACGAUGGAGAUAUUGUUAGUGCCAUCAUGGAACUUACUACUUAGGGAGCUCUCAUGCUGUUCUGCAGAUGCAUGAAUUUUUUGAACUAAUCUCAAAAAUUGAGUCACCAUAGUUAGGUUAUUUUCGGUUGAUGAGUAAUCCUUGUCAUUUUUAAUUUCCUGACUUUGUGCUUCGAUACUUCACGGGCAAUUAAUUAUUCAACAUUUCACUAGGGUUUUGUGAUGAUGCAAGGGUUCCAUCAUUUUCGUGUUCUAUCUUGUCAUGAAGGAACCGGAAUCACUAACUAAAGUUGGCAGAGAAAGAUCUGAUGAUAUGUAUA